ACUGCAGGAAGACCUCUGAUCCGGUCAGAGUUCUUCAUGAAAUUUCUAGAAGAAAGAUAUGAUGCUCUACGAAUCGCUAGAGCGAGCAGAACCCACUGGGCUACUCUCGCACGCGAAAGGAAAAUGGAAGAUUUACUGGAGCCCGCUCGACGUGCGUUCAAACAUUUGGCUGUUGUUGAAGAAGAGAACCGUCUUCUACCAAGGUUGGCACGUUUGGCAAAUAAUGCUUACAGUGGAAAGCAAUACGUUGGAAAAGAAGCUGAGGGUAAAAUUACGCGUCACAUGGUUGAUCAGUUGUGUGCUUCGUCGUUCCCACCUUGUAUGCGGCAGAUUCAUUUACGAUUACGUUCUGAUCAUCAUCUGAGACAUGGUGCAAGAAGGUAUCUAUUGUAUACUUUUUGUCCCAUGAAUUCGUUUCAUGCAAUAUGGAUUGUUUUUAAAAGCAAUUGGUCUUUUGAGAAACAAUAUGCAUACAAUAUCCGUCAUAUGUAUGGUAAAGAAGGUCGUCGUGCGAAUUAUCCAGCAUUUCCUUGCUCAGCGAUUAUCUUAAGCAAUCCACCAACUGCAGGGGAUUGUCACGUGGGAUGCAUGGCGCAUCCCUCAGGGAUUGAUCAACUUCGAGAGCUUUAUGGUUUUUUUUCUUAUGCUUUAUCGUUGAAUUAUUCGAAGGCAAGCGCCUUUGACAAAGCGUGCACGCGCUUCUUCGAAUAUACGCAUAAAAUGGAAGAGGGCGCAUUAGGACAGCUGAUCACACAUCCAAAUAACUACUUCGAAUUGUCGCAAGAGGCAAUCACGGAGCGCAUCACAAGCUGUGGUUAA